GGUCCGGUGCUGUGUGGGGAAGGGUCUGGGCGACCGUGGGGCCCGUUUUGCCCCUGUAAAGGGCCCUGGGACGAAGAGGGGACUCGGGCUUGUCCCCAAGUAGGCACUUUGCAGCAAGGGGGGCUGCAGGGCCGAGCUGUGCCGAGGGUGCUGGCCCAGCCCUGGGCAUGUAAGCAGGGAGAAACAGGCCAAGGUUUCUUUGGUCCCUGGACGGUGUAAGAAGCAACAGGAUCUUGGCCGCUCAGGGAAUGAGAGAUUGAUGCUGCUGGAAGUUUCCACACGGCCUCUCUCAUCGCUCUGGGGGAGCUGCUGUUCAAGGGUGCCCUGUGAUGCGUUUGCUUUCAAGCCAUUAAAAUCUCUCUCUCUCUCGUAUAUGCAGAGCUAGGAGCUGCUCCCUCCUCCUUGAAGCCGGUCCUGCAGCGUGCAUGUGCAUCCUUGGCAGCACUGCUAGCCAGAAUAUUGAAGAUAAUGGCACAGUUUCCAAAGUAAAUAAAUUCUUGUGAGAAGUGAAGGAGCCGCCUCUGAGCAAACCUACCAAUCGUGCUGGUGUGAGCGCUCCAGCUGGCUGCUAGCAGGCGUUUCACCGGCUGGACAUGGGGUCUCAUAGGCUGGCGCGAUUGGUAAGUUUUCUCCUCCUACAGCUUGAUCGUUCGAGUCCAGCCCUGUGGACUUUUUACAUGAGCCGUGAACUCAGCUGGCUUUGAGAGCUCCUUAAAGUGCCAUUAGGCAGAAGCCAGAGUAUCUGGGCAGUUAGCUAGUUCGUGAGGCUCUCAGUUUGCAUGUUCUGGGGCAGGAACAAGACCUGAUUAUAUUUGUUUGAGUAAAACAAAUAUAUGAUAAAAGAAACAGAUCUCGAGCCAGAAAUCUUUAAGAUGUUGGCUGCUUUGCCCUUUUACAGGGGAUGAAAGGAAGGGGUGAGGUGGCUGUUUUUUCCCUUCCGUAGUGAGAUGGUUUUCAUACAAAAAUAGGUUUGUGACAAGCAGAGAAGAAGCAGAAGACGGUCAUAAAAAAUUAUAAUGAAUUUUGUGAGUCAGUGCCCUUUAAUCACCUAAAGGGGCUGUUCUGUUCCAUUUGGUGUUUGACCUGGGGGUUUACAGAGGGGCAAACUGGACCUGAGUGGCUGAGCAAAUUCUCCGUGGGGUGAAUAAACGUGUAGCUCAGGGAUUACACCGCAUCUGUGGAGAGACAGGGCUUCUGCCCCAGUCAUUGCCCUAAUUUAUUUGUGUGGGCUAAUGGGAUCUCUGCUGAUAUGUGUCUCUCUCUUUGGCCGGGUCAACAUUGCUCUUAUUUGUAGUCAGGGCUGUUAAUCCUUAACAGUGUCCUAAUUCUGCUGAAAGAGAGGGUGCAGCCAUGUAACUUGGGCAGCCACACAAGCUCCUGGCUUUCUGGGAAGAAUGCGUCCUUUUAUCGCAGGCCAGCUAGCUGGGUGCAAACGUCUGAUGCUUUAGUCUCCAAGAGGUUGCCACAGUGAGCGAGAGCAAGUGGCUUAAAGGGAAUGGAUGCCCUUUUCUAAGAAAUUGGAUGCCCUUUUCUAAGAAAGGGUGCAAGUAAUUUCCAUGCGAUGCUGUCCCAGGCGCCGGGGACCCUGACCUGACUCUUUCUGGGGAUUUAUGCGCUCAGUUGCGGCAGGCUGUGAAAGAGCCUUCGCGUUGCCUUGAGAGAAGCCGUGGAGCCUGCUGCCUAGCGGUGAACUGCCUGCCUUUGGGAAGUGGGCUCCUUGGUGACUUGGCCUGUGGCCCGAUCGCUCUUAUUUCUUAGCUGCUUUCUGUUUGGCGAAAGGCUUUGCAUUCUCAGGAAGGAGCUGUCUGUCUCUCUGAUGACCCACGUUAUAGACCAGUCAGUGCCAUACAGAACAGCCAAGGUGGCGCAGGAGGGAGCUGAGGGCGUUGACGUUGCUGAAACUCUGUUUUUGUUAGCGUUGAUUGUAUCUAAAAUGCCUAAAUAGCUUUUCUCCCAGCCCUGAGCUGCAUUACGAUCUGAUGACUGGCUCUUGCGCUGGACAGAAACGCAUAUGACUCCUGCAUUGUCUGUGUAUUGAGUGAAACGCAGCACCGCUUUGUUCGGUGAAGCUGAUGCGCUUUUGAUGCCGGUCAGUUAAUUGAUGUAGUGUGUAGUUUGCUUCGUUGGUGCUGCGGGGAGUGUGGCACACGGGCUCGGCUCUGUUGUGCUCGGUGCUAUGUGGACACCCUGACCCUCCCAGUGUCUGCAGAUGUCUUUCUGCAGUCUUGGGGCGUCCCGUAUACCCUGCGGGGGUAUUGGAUGCUGUUCUGGCAUUGUGUGACCGUUGCGCCUUGGUGCGUGCGUUGAGGUUCAGCGUACACGCUGCGGGUACGAGUGCGGUGCCUAGAUGCACGCUGCUGUCCUAACCUCCCCUCUUGCCUCCUCUGCCGAGCUCAGCUUGGGCUGUGCUGCGGGUACCCUUCUUCAGUUGCCAGCACUUGCAUUUGCUCACACCAGUGAACUGGACUGCAAAACUCCCAGCUCCCGUUUCAGCAAAGACUCGCCUCCCCGCAGGCACGCGUCUAGCGCUCUCCUUGGACUGCGCUUCAGCUCCUUUUUCUGGGCUGUCAGCGCUGCAGGCCUUGUCCUCAUGAGGCGGGAGGAUAUUUUCACAGUCCGUUGGUGCUCUGCGUGCAUGAGACAAGGGCUGUAUCUGUGCGCGUUCAGCUAGUUGAGCUAAACAGUGCAUCCCACUCAGGUCAGAUAUACGGGAGACAGCCUGCAACCUUGGCCACAAUAGGCGUUCCCUACCUGUUAGCCAACAUAAUUUCAAAACAACAGAAAAUCCUCGUUGUCCUAAUGCAGAUGUGCUUUUGGCUGGGGCUCCCGCAGCCACGUGCUGGCAGUGGAUGCUUCUUUAAGCAAGGUUCGGGUUUUCCUUGCCAGGGUUGGGUGCUGGCUCUGCCAACCCACGCCCAGCCUGCGCCGAUGCCGCUUGCCUUUACUGCAAGCGAUGCUGACGAGCCCUUGCUGUGGUGGGCUCUGGAGCCUGGAGUUUGCUCCCUUGACGCCUCUUUGCCUUUCUUAACUUUGAAACAAAACCUACAUUUAUUUUUCCCCAGAUGUGUUUGUUCCACCAUCUGUUUAGCCCCUCUUCUUACCCUGGGCCUCCUGCAGCUCUCCGGGCAGGAGCGUGAGGUUGUUGAACGGGGGCUCUGCCUGUGCCAGAUCUUCGUUCCACCUGUGUGGAACCCAGAAAACAGCCCUCUGCGGCAUUCCCGAGACGCAGCUUUUGCCCGGUCCCUGCCGAGCAGCAAAAAGCCACUUGCUGUGCUUAUGCAACAGUUAUUGUUUUGGCUGGUACAUUGUGUUAUAAGCCAUAUGGGGCUUUGUAUCUUGAUUGUGCUCUGCCAGUGCUUCUCAUCACUCCUGCAAGUCAGGCAUCUUUGUAAAUACCACAGCACUUGCUUCCUGUCGGCUCACCAGAGCUGGGGCUGUAUUUCAGGCGCCCUAGAAAAAACCCAAACAUUCAUAUUCCUCAGACGGCCGUAAUUCCCCGUUUGAAACAGGGACAUUGUCAGCAGUGGUAAUAAAGAGAGUUCGAGCUCAGACAAGUUCUCCCUGGCACCUUGUCUAGGCAAAUAUUAUCAAGCUAUUGAGCCAUACAGUGAAUGCUAGAUGGGGGUAACUGGGGAAUUUGCCAAAGGAAAUGUCACGAAUGAAAUGUCUUUCUUGUCUGGCACAAAAGAUUUAGCAAAUUGUGAGGAUUUAGGAGUCUUUCUCCUUGGCUUCAAUGUAUUAAGCCUUUAAAAAGAAAUCAUUCUAGCUGUCCCAGUGGCAGGCACAGCCUCAUCCCUGGUAUUUUUGCUUGGCAGCGUUCAGGGCAGUAGAAGUGACAAGCGUCAGAGGUUGCAAACUUGCUCCGCUUCCCCGAGGACGGCUGUGAAUGAGAAGGCAGCGAACGCUGUAAAGGCAGUUAAUCGCCCCCUCGUUGCAGCUCUCCCUCGGGAUAUCCCCUGCAGCGGCCCUGCCUUGCACCCGGCCGCGCAACCCGUCUGGUUCUCUGGGAGCUGCAGCCGCUCGAGCUGGUUCCUCCCAGGCUGGCAUGUGCCUGCUGAGGCCUUUGAACGACGUGGCUUCUCGGCUGUAAUUUUGCUCUCGUUCUUUCCUUGAACUUGUUUCCCCAGUGUGGAAUUCUGGUUCAAAUGCUGUAGGCUCUGCGGCCUCGGCUCUGGCUCCUGCAGAUGCCUCCUCUCCCUCCUGGGCCUUCCUGUGCUGUUGCUCUUCUCUCCUCCCCGCUCACCAGCAGCUUUUCUCAGCCUCCCCAGGCCCUGCUGCCAGUGAGCUCCAGUGGCCUUUUAUUCCCUGAAGUGACCUUUUAAUUACAUAACGACUUACAAACAUUCAGCACCAACAACAUACCAAAAUAAUUGAAACAAUGUUUUUGCAGCCUUGAAAAACAAGAUUCUGUACCAAAACUCUGUCCUCUUAAAUUCCCAAAGUUAGAAAAACAAAUGGCUAGGAGACAGCGUGGGCUGUGGCCGGAGCGCAGGGCUGGGAACCGGGAAGCCGUCACUGCCGCUGGGCUGCCGUGGGGCUCUGCAAGGCAGCGAUGGUCUGUCUGCCCGGGGAGGCCACGGCUUCAACUCACCCCUGAAACAUGGGCAAAGACUGAGGGCUCCAGCCAGUUGCCCGUGGCCCCUUGGUUGGCUGCCCGUGGUAGCUGGCAGUUCCCUGUGGUGGUGAACAAAGGUCAAAAGGAGGUGUGGGGAAAGGUGAUGAAAUGAUAUUUCUCUAGCCCCUUAUUAACCCCAUGCUGAAGGCACAGGGGUGAGGUUCGAUGUCAUGGUUGGUCUAGGGAGAUACUGGGAGAGUCCCUGGGGCAUCAGGGCCUUGGGCUGGGCAUGCCAAGGAGCAGCUGUGGUCUCUGUUCUUGCUGCUGGUCUUACCCCUCCGUCUGUGUGCUUCCUCCUCGCAGAUCAAGAGGACAGUAUGGCUGCGACUGCUGCCGUCAGCCCCAGUGAAUACCUGCAGCCUGCUGCCUCCAGUGCCCAGGACUCCCAGCCAUCGCCGCUAGCCCUCCUCGCAGCGACAUGUAGCAAAAUUGGUCCCCCAGCAGUGGAAGCCGCUGUGACUCCUCCUGCCCCUCCUCAGCCAACGCCUCGCAAACUCGUCCCCAUCAAACCUGCUCCGCUCCCCCUGGGCUCCGGAAAGAACAGCUUUGGGAUCCUGUCGUCGAAAGGGAACCUCUUCCAGAUCCAGGGCUCUCAGGUCGGCGCCUCCUACCCUGGGGGGCAACUGGUUUUCGCCAUUCAGAACCCAGCUGUGAUCAACAAAGGGACCCGCUCGUCCGCGAACAUCCAGUACCAGGCGGUGCCCCAGAUCCAGGCCACGGGGGGACAGACCAUCCAAGUCCAGCCCAACCUCACUAACCAGAUCCAGAUUAUUCCAGGCACGAAUCAAGCGAUCCUCACCCCUUCCUCUUCCUCUCACAAGCCUGUGCCAAUCAAGCCAGCUCCGGCACAGAAGGGCGGAGCUUCGCCAGUGCAGGGCGCUAGCAACAUUGUCAAGCUAACCAGCGGCAGCAACGUGACUCUUACCCUGCCCGUGAACAACCUGGUGAACCCUGCUGAGCCCAGCCCGCAGGCUCAGAUCAUUACGGAGAGCCCCUCGAAGCCCAGCAAAAAGCCUCGAAAGAAAGCCAUGUCGCCAGCCCAGCCUGCUGCCAUGGCCGUGGCUGAGCAAGUGGAGACAGUGUUAAUAGAGACCACGGCGGAGAACAUCAUCCAGGCGGGGAACAACCUGCUCAUUGUGCAGAGCCCGGGCUCCGGCCAGCCGGCUGUGGUGCAGCAGGUGCAGGUGGUGCAGCCCAAGCAGGAGCCGCAGGUGGUGCAGAUCCCACAGCAGGCCUUGCGUGUUGUCCAGGCAGCCUCUGCCACGCUCCCCACCGUCCCCCAAAAAUCCAACCAGAACUUCCAGAUCCAGACGACGGAGCCCACCCCCACCCAGGUCUACUUCAAAACGCCCUCGGGUGAGCUGCAGACAGUGCUGCUCCAGGAAGCCCCGGCCAUGACGGUGGCUCCGUCUGGGACCUCUUGCAGUAGCCCCGUGUCCCGCAGCUCCGGCACAGUAGGCAGCAGCAAGAAACCAGCCACGCGCAAGGAGCGCACUCUGCCAAAGAUCGCCCCUGCCGGAGGCAUCAUCAGCUUGAACGCGGCUCAGCUGGCAGCUGCGGCACAGGCCAUGCAGACCAUCAACAUCAACGGCGUGCAAGUCCAGGGUGUGCCCGUCACCAUCACCAACACCGGAGCCCCCGUCACGGCUGCCGGGUGCUGUGCAAGGCCCUGGCGUGGCCCAGGCUGCCGCGUCUGUGAGCGCCCGAGCGUGGAGCGGCCCUUAGGGUCCAGGGCCAGCAGCAGCUGACGGUGCAGAACGUGUCUGGCAACAACCUGACCAUCAGCGGGCUCAGCCCGACCCAGAUCCAGCUCCAGAUGGAGCAAGCGCUGUCCGGAGAGAUGCAGCCA